GCAGACAAUACAUAUAAUGAUGUUUUCGGCCGUGCGGGGUGAUGCUAGGGGCGGUAGCGCCCUGGAAAAUGGGGCCAACACAGAAUGCGCACAGCGGUGGAAAUGGCAGCUGCUCGUUAUGGCAGGCGGUUGGAAGUUGGCCCGUCACGACAUCACAGCACGUUCAGCAGAGGAGGAGACCUUGCCCCGAACUUCUGCGGAGCCCUUGCACGCCAGGGGAUGUGCUCCAGACUGGUGUGGGCACGCCCCCGAAGCCAUCAACACUGUCGCAACUCCAGCCCACCCUGCCCAUACGGGAAGAUGAUGGCUGGCUGCCAUGAGACAUCCGAUUGCGAGGAUAAGGAGGAAGAGGAGGAGGAGGAGGAGGAUGAGGACUGGAAGAGGGGAUGAGGUAGCUGUUAAGGCUCAGUAGUGCGACCGGCGCGCUGACCCCCCCUUUCGAAACAAAGGGUGCGUUGCGCAUUCGUCGCCCGUGCGUCGGCCGCCGAAAAGGCUGGCCGUCCUCGCGAACGUGCACGUCGCUCUCGCAGGGGGGCGCUGUGGCGAGUGCGUCGCCAGCGUGGCGGGCACCGCCGGGGCGGAUCGCACGCGCGUCGCCCGCUUCAGGGCCGCCGAAAAGACCGGUCGCCUGCGGGAAAAGGAGUGCACCCAGGAUGCGUCAACGAUGCUGCGGUACACAACCUCCCGUCCCAAGCCCCCCCUCUCGCAAGCCCCUGCGAGCCUGCCCGCUCACAACAGGGAGUGCCCCCUUGACAGACGGGCCCCCCGUGGGCCUGCCAAUCGGGCGAGGGCCCUGCUGGGAAAAAAAUCAGCCUUCAACCCUUCGAAUGAACUCUAAUGCGUGUCAAAAGAAAGGUAGGGACAUAGCACUCUGCGAAGGGUGAUGGAGAGAGGAGGAAGGAGGCGGUAGGAGAUGAAAGCGUCUCGUGCGCAUGCGUCCGUAUAUGUAUGUACAAUUAAAAACAAUUACACCAGUGAGAAUGCAUUCGCUAGGGAGAAAUCGGAGGAGAAGGCGAAUGUGGAGGAGGAGGAGGAGAGAGGAGAAGGGAGGAGGAGAAGGAGGCGGGGGCAAAGCUGCAGGCCCUGAAGCUGGGGACGAUGAAUGGAAAAGGAUCGUAUGUACCUCAUGGGGCGCCUUAUGCUGCCGGUGCUGUGGGACGCAGCCGCCCGUAAGCUGGAGGGCAAGCCGCAAUCGGGCAGAACUGCGGGCAGCAGCCCUCGACCGCCUCCUCCUC